GCUCAGGUGCCGAGAGUGCGACAGGCGGUGCUCCACCAAGGUCGAGGACGCCGCCAGGAAGGCUCACAAGGAGGCGCUCAAGGGCGGGCCCAAGCCAGGCAGCCACCCGCAGCCCCGAGGUGCAUGGGCGCAGCAGAAGAUGGCCCCUUGGGAGCACGACAAGCCCCAGAGGCAGGACAGCGAGCUGGCUGCCCUGCGGCAGCAAGUCGAAGCGCUCAAGGCCGACAGCGCCAAGGCCAAGCUCACCGCACUCAGCGACCUCAAGGAGGAGCUGCAGAAGCUUGGAGGAGGAGAGCAGGCCGCGAGCUGCGUCAAGGCCGUCGAGGCCAAGUACUCAGAGCCGAAGCUCGAGGGCCAGCUCCAGAAGGCCCUCGCCAAGGUGGCGGAGCUCGAGGACCAGCGCGGCAAGCUCGACCAGCGGAUCUGCGAGGCCAAGGACUCGGCCGCCGAGCUCAAGUGCAAGUUGCGGGCCGUGGACGCCGAGAUCGAGUCCCGCCAUGCCGCUGGAGUCCUCGGCGAUGGGCUCAGGGGCUUGGCCAAGGUGCUGGAGCAGUUCAAGGCUACGGCUGCGGAGAACCAGACAGUGUUGCAGGGCCUCAUCCAGCUGCAGGACGUCGUCCAGAAGGAGCAGGAGACCCUGGAGGCAGCUGACGGCACUGCACCUGGCGAUGGCAAUGGCGAUGGCGCUGCUGACCCAGGCAGUGGGGAUCCACACGAGGGUGUCCCUGGCAGUGUGCAGGGUCAGGGGGGGUGUCUGUCCCCGUCCCUGACGAGCUUGUCGACAGUCUCAUGGGGGACGCCCCAGAAGGCGAGAGCGUCGAACAGCGGCGCAAGCGCUUCAGCGACAUCAUCGAGGCCCAGCUCAAGCGGCCUCGGGUUUGAUAGCAUGUGGCUCUACACUGUCAACGCGAACGCCGAGAAGGGCUACCGGGACUUCCUCGACUGGCUGGACAGCCAGCACAGCCUCGCGGAGGCUGGGUCGAAGAGGUGGCCAGUCGCAGACAUCGCCUUCGUGCAGGAGACGCGCGCGCGUGCAUGUGGCAGGGAGGCAGUCCAGCGUUGGCAUUGGAAGCGCGGCUUCGACUUCGACCUUGCCGCAGGAUUCAGCACGGGAGACGGGCCCCAGGCCGUCUCAGGCGGGGUAGGCAUCGGUGCGCGGCAGCGGUUCGCGGCAACCACGCUCGACACCGCUUUCAAGCAGCCCCGCCGCGUGCUGCGACGGGUAAUCAACAUUGGCGACGGGCUCGCCAUCGAUCUCAUGUCCAUCUACCUCCGUGACGGGGAGGGCAUGGGCGAGGCCAACGCAGACAUCCUCUGGGAAGUUGCGUCGCAGCUCAGGGUGGCGGUGCGGCCGUGGAUCCUGGCUGGCGGCUUCAACAUGGACCCCCCCAGGGCGGGGGCGCUCAACGAGCUCGACUACGCGGUCAUCUCCGACGAGCUUCAGCCGUUCGUGUUCAGCCACGGGCCCGUGGUCGAGGGCUGCGUGCAGAAGCCACGGCGCAGCAGCUUCAUCGAGCAGCGAAGCUGGCAGCGGGCAGGCAACAGGCUCGCAGGCGAGGCAGCGAAGGAGGGAGCGAAGCUGGCGCUGGGCGACGACCAGCUGAACUUAGCCUGCGACCUCGACCUCAUCGCGCGGCAGGCGAUGAUCUUCACGGGCAAGCUCCACGCGCGCAUGGCGGAUCGGAAGCUGCUCGACCAUGCCAGCGACGUCAUCCUGGAGUUCUCGGAGCCCGAGGCGGGCAACGAGGAGCACGAGACCAGCGGGGGCCACGCUGCCGAGGCCGCCUGGGGGGCUGCUGGCGCGGCGGCUGCGGCCCUGGCUGCUGCGCGGGCCUCGGCGGAGGGCGACGAGCCCCCUGCAGCUCGACGGCCUCGACAGCCGUGGUCGAUCGGAGGCCGCUCAAUCGUCGAGCGAGCCGUCGCGGGGCCUGGCGCGGACGGCGCCACCAUGGUCCACUGCGUGAAGUGCCGCGCCUACGCCCACCAGCGCAUGCAGGGCAUCCUCGGGCCGUGCGGCUCCGGGGCAG